CUAUUUUAAGUGCCUAACGAGGAAGUAGACUUUCUUAGUUUCUCUCCUGUUUUGCUGUAAUCUUACUUUCAUUGGCAGAGCCCACUCAUCCUCUCGGCAGUCUAUCGGGUAAAUUUGUGAAGAUAAUCGGAUUAUCGCAUUUUCCUCUCAGUGAGACUGGUGUGAGAAUUGUCACACCUCCAUCACCUUACAUCUGUUUCUCUGCGCAGAGAGCAGGCUAAAGCUGAGACGUUGAGUGUGUGUGGUGAGGGAGAAAAGCGUGCCUUACGCAGCAGAGCCACCAGGUCUUGAGGAGCAAUUAGAGUUCAGUACCGCAAAAUAAAAAAGCGUUUCAUUUGGACUAUAGGAGAAACAUGGGAACAUAACGAGAUUUCAGACAUAUCGACGAUAUUUAACGUUUUUCCCAAAUAGGAUAACCUGCUGAAGACUACCAAUUCGUAAAGAAUGUUAUAAGUGGAUGGAAGGACUCCGUGAGAGCACUACUCCAAAACAGCAUCACUUGCCUUUCCCUGGAGAGGAAAUAGCCUACCUAUCCAAAGCUAUGCAAAGACAUAAUCAAUCUUAAAUGGCAGAACUUGAAGUCUCCAAAAAUAUCAGUUUUGAGAGGGUGGAGCGAUGUAUGAGUGUGAUGCAGUCCGGGACCCAGAUGGUGAAGUUAAAGGCUGGCUCCAAGGGCCUGGUGAGACUCUUCUAUCUGGACGAGCAUCGCUCCUGUAUCCGUUGGAGGCCCUCGCGCAAGAGCGAGAAGGCCAAGAUCACCAUCGAUUCGCUGUACAAGGUGACGGAGGGCCUUCAGUCAGACAUCUUCCACCGGCACGCUGAUGGAAGUUUUGACCCGGGCUGCUGUUUCACUGUUUACCACGGUAACCACAUGGAGUCACUGGACUUGGUGACAUCCAACCCUGAGGAGGCUCGCACGUGGGUGACGGGACUAAGCUACCUGAUGGCUGGAAUCAGCGACGAGGAUUCACUGGCAAAACGUCAGCGCACACAUGACCAGUGGAUGAAGCAAACGUUCGAGGAAGCUGAUAAGAACGGGGAUGGCCUGCUGAACAUCGAUGAAAUCUACCAGCUACUGCACAAGAUGAACGUCAACUUGCCCCGCAGGAAGGUCAAACAGAUGUUCCAGGAAGCGGACUCGGAUGACCAGCAGGGCACGUUGACGUUUGAGGAGUUUAGUGUGUUCUAUAAGAUGAUGUCACUGCGCCGGGACCUGUACCUGCUGCUAAUGAGCUACAGCGACAAGAAGGAUCAUCUGAUGGUUGACGAGCUCGCCCACUUCCUGUGCAAUGAACAAAAGAUGGUGAAUGUGACUACAGAGUACUGUCUGGAUGUAAUUGAUAAGUUUGAGAUGUCUGAAGAAAACAAACAGAAAGGCAUCCUGGGAAUUGAGGGUUUCACCAGCUUCAUGCGCAGCCCCAUGUGUGAUGUGUUCAACCCUGAACACCAUGAUGUGAACCAGGACAUGGACCAGCCUCUGUGUAACUACUACAUUGCGUCGUCGCACAACACGUACCUGACCGGAGAUCAGCUGCUGUCCCACUCCAAGACCGACAUGUACGCCUGGGUACUACAGGCCGGCUGUCGAUGUGUGGAGGUGGACUGCUGGGAUGGUCCUGAUGGUGAACCUAUGGUCCAGCACGGCUACACUCUCACCUCCAAAAUCACGUUCAAGUCUGUCAUUGAGACCAUCGACAAAUAUGCCUUCAUCAACAACCCGUACCCAGUGAUCCUGUCCAUAGAGAACCACUGUAGCAUCCAGCAGCAGAAGAAGAUAGCCAAGCACCUGAGAGAAAUCCUGGGGGACAAGCUCGAUCUGGGAGAUGCUCUCCACAGAGAUUCCAAAGAGCUUCCCAGCCCUCAAUGUCUACAGGGGAAGAUCCUCAUCAAGGGAAAGCGACUUCCCCUGUACCUGGCCGCGGAUGUUGAGGAGGGGGAGGUGUCAGAUGACGACAGCGCUGAUGAGAUAGAGGACGACUUCAAACUGAAGAACAGCAGCAGUAAUGGUCACCACCAGGUGGAGAGUCACAUCAGGAAGAAACUGGACUCUCUUUUGAAGGAGUCUCAGAUCGGGGACAAGGAGGACGGCGACAGCUUCAGCAUCCGAGCCCUGCUGAGGGCAACGCACGGGGGCCUGCAGAGGAACCUACGGCCGAAUCCCAAAGAGGGACUUAAAAAAUCCCAAAGUCGCUCCUUUAUCAGCAACCUCAAGCAAAAGAGGCACUCAAAGUCCAAGCUGAAGAGCCAGAGCGCCGACGGAGAUGAGGACGGACAGGAGACCUCCGGAAGAGAGGGGGGAGGACAGUUCAACAGGUGCGGGAGGAAGAGGAAGACGAUGAAGCUCAGUAGAGAUCUGUCCGACCUGGUGGUAUUCACUAACUCGUUGGUCUCGCAGGAAGGACUAGACGAGGAUCUCCCCUGCCCAGCCUCGUCCUCUCUCACACCUCCCUCUCUCUCCGUUCGGUCAGGUAACCCAGGGAACGUUCUGUCGUUCAGCGAGACCCGCGCCCAGCACUUGGUGAACCACCGAGCAGAGCGUUUCCUGGUCUUCAACCAGAGGCAGUUGUCCCGUAUCUACCCCUCGGCCUAUCGCAUAGACUCGUCCAACUUCAACCCCCAGCUCUACUGGAACGUGGGCUGUCAGCUGGUGGCCCUGAAUUACCAGACAGAGGGCCGCAUGAUGCAGCUAAACAGGGCCAAGUUUAUGGUGAAUGGAGGUAGUGGCUACGUCCUCAAACCUCCGCCCAUGUGUAAAGGCUCGUUCAACCCGUUCUCUGACGAUCCCCUACCAGCCUGCUCUAAGAAACAGCUGGUCCUGAAGAUCAUCAGCGGACAGCAGCUGCCCAAACCUCCAGACUCGAUGCUGGGGGAUCGCGGGGAGAUCAUUGAUCCAUUUGUAGAGGUGGAGAUCAUCGGUCUACCAGUGGACUGCUGUAAGGAGCAGACACGAGUAGUGGAUGACAACGGUUUUAACCCGGUGUGGGAGGAGACCCUGUCGUUUACCCUUCACAUGGCCGAGUUGGCUCUGGUGCGUUUCCUUGUCUGGGAUCACGACCCUAUUGGACGGGACUUUGUAGGCCAAAGGACUAUAGCCUUCAGCAGCCUGAUGCCAGGUUAUAGACAUGUAUACUUGGAGGGUUUGACUGAGGCGUCUAUCUUCAUUCAUGUAUCGGUUCAUGACAUCUAUGGGAAGUGGAGCCCUCUAGUGCUGAACCCCAGCUUUACCAUAAUGCACUUUCUAGGAGCCAACAAGAGUCGUCAGUUGCGAGGUUUCAGAGGCUUGUUCAACCGCUCCUCCAAAUCAUCCAUAGAGACCAACUCUGGCCCGGCACCGAGAAAACGCUCCAUCAGUGACCACCUCCUCCGACGCACUGCCAGCGCCCCGGCCAAGGGACGCAAGAAAACCAAGAUGAAGCUCUCUGAGUCCUCCGCUUCCAUUUCAGAUCGCAAGGCCUCAGUGUCGGAUCGGAAGGCCUCAGUGUCGGAUCGGAAGGCCUCAGUGUCUGAUCGCAAUACAUUGUUAUCGGACCGCAAGGCCUCAAUUUCAGACCGCAAAGACAGCUUGGGGGCCAGUGCGGUGACAGGGGGUGCGUCUUGUUCUGGGGGGGAGGGAUCCCGAGACAGAGACAGGGAUGUCUUACGGGCGGAAAGGCGGCUUCCAGCCCGCCCCACACUCACUCACAGAGCCAUCUCCAUGCCUCUUGAGAGGCUUCUGCAGGGACAGCUCUCCCUCUGCUCCCCCGACAAGGAGCAGCCUGACCUGGGUGCAGAUACACUCGUCGGAAACCUGUUUGAUCGGCCCAAGUCCCACUCUGUGGAGCUCCUCAUCAAAACGUCCUCCUUCCACGGGCCCAGAGUGUCCACCCCUUCCACCAACCGUGAAAACACCCGGGAAAGGACCACAGAACUUGAACAUACUGAUAAGGCCGCCAAUCUGGUCAUUGGCCAAGGGGGAGGAAGUGGGGAUGUUGAACAACCACAGGACACAGGCAUCCCGCUCACUGAAGCUGAAGAUAUUUCCUCUACCGAAAAGACAAUGUAUCCAAUAAGCAGCUCGACGGAGAGUGAAAGCAACUGUUUACAAGUACCAGAGGUGACAUCACUCAGUAAAAUAAACACCCCAGCACCUUGCUUCUCUUCUUCCGCUAUCACCUCUUCUUUGCCCAGCAUCUCCCCACACAACGAUGACUACUCGAAUCUGCAGAGUCCCAUCUGUCUACAGGACAGUACCAUCUCCCGACUCAUCGAUGCUGUAUCCCUUGGCAACGACACCACCGGUGACUCCAUCUCUGCUCUGAUUGGCCGAUUUGACCUUACCGCUGACCAGAAAGACCUCACGUCGACCUCUGACCUCCGCAUUCUCAGUGCCGUGUCCUGUCUGUCGCAUCCGGGUAUCCAAGACUCUAGCACACCUUAUAAGGUCACCUCAGACCUAUAUAAGGACAUAAAUUCCCUCACCUCCCCAUGCAACGUAAUGAACGGACAUAUCAGUUCUCAGGAGGCAAGACAGUCUCUUAACCACGUGAACCAUGAUCUACUUUCAACCCGGCAAAAAACAUCUCUCUUAGAAGCCCCUACCCCCCUUCUUUUCUCCAGUCCUGAGACCACAGAGCUAGAGGAGGCCUACACCAUCCUGGAUGAGCAGGUCUUGUCUCCCGUCUCUGUGUAUAACCUGAGAGAGCAGACCAUCCGCAACAUCCAGGCCGACUCCGAGGAGAGCACCCCGAUGGGGAGCCUGGAGGCUUCCCCAGCGAAGGUGCCUUCUCGUCUGGAUGCAGUGGCCAACGGCAGCUUGGUGGCCUCACGUGUGAGAGAGGACUGCAAGAGGGUAAAUUAUUGUACAGAUUUAGGGUCAGGAGGGGAGUGGAGGGCGUUGAGGGAUUACAGGAGUCCUACAGUCUACAACACGCCGUCUGACCGUUUCCUGCUGUGCCAGGAUUUGGAAGGAAGCAGUCUCAUGGAGGUGGAGAUCAAUGUCGACGAGGACCCCAUGACCUCCGCCAGAUACAACCACACCUGUGUUGCUACCAGCCUAACUAAAUCCUAUGCUGCUCUCCAAAGACAGUCCACCCAGAACCACAUCCCUCCCCGGACUCAAAUCCAUCUCCAGUGUUCUUCCAUGGUUCCACAUGCCUCACACCAGUCCUCCCCCUACAAAAUACUCCCCAACCCUAACCUCUUCCACCUCAACAGACACCACUCCACUGACAACAAUCUGGAGUACUCUGAGAAGAAAAGAGACUUUCCCAGGGCCUACACCCACGCACAGAGUUAUGAUGGCUCCACCCCGAGCAGGGGCUCCCGAGGUGGGACAGGUGAAGGGCAGGAUCAGGGUGACAUGUCAGCAUGUUUCCAAAAUGGGUUCUCCUCCUCAGAGUGUGUGUCUGGUCUACGGUCUGAUCCACUUCCAAGAGACAGAGGCCUGUACUCCCCCAGCUCAGACUGCGACACAGCCUAUGGCAAGCUGGACUAUGACUGCUUCACAACAUCAAUUGCCUCCGCCUCUCACUAUGCCCAGUCACAAACCCAGCCCCAAAUGCACGACCAAAGUCACCAGCCCCAAUCUGUCCCGCCAUCGCUACGCCUUGUAGACCCCACCCUUGUACCUCUGCUUCCUAAUCCGAGACCCUCCAUAGCCCCCAGCCCCUGUAAGUCCAAGUCUCUGGGCGACCUGACAUCGGAGGACAUCUCCUGUAACUUCCAGAGCAAAUACAACAUAAUCAGCCGCAGCUUCAUUAGCCCCUGUAUUGGGGAGCGUAGGAGGGUGUGGGGUCUAGGGGGCAUGUACGAAAGGCCGCAGCCUGCGGACCCCCUCACCGAGCAGCUCCGCAAACUGGUCACCUUAGAAGGGAAUGACAGAUAUCGAGACAGACCCCAGCAACCCCAAUCGUCCGAUCAGCUACAGAGACCCCUCGAAACCAGUCCAUCUAUAUCAGUCCACUCUCCCCUUUCAAACUUUGUCUCCAACCCCCAGGAGGACUCUCCCCCCCUCCUCUCCCGCCGCCUCUCCUCCCGGAGCCAGAGCCGUGUGCGCCACAUUAACAACCGUGCCCGAGAAAGGCAGCAGGAGGCUCUGAAGCCCCGUGGUGUUGGUGCCCCCUCCAGCAUGGGAGGGGUAGUGCUGCGUAAUAAAUCAGCAGCGGGCCAGAACCCGCCACCGAACAGACACUCCACAGGCUCUUACAUAGCAGGCUACCUGGACCAACUUGAGGACAGGGGGCUCCCUGAGGGGGCAUGUACCAAACUGAGGCAUGGAUACGGAGAUCACCACAGUGAUUGUUAUCAUGACGACUCUCUGUUGCCGACAGACUCCUGUACACCGUCAGAACCUGAGGUCUACUUCCUGCUUAGACUUUAAGCCCACUUACUGGUUAUAGCCUUCAAUUAUGUAAAAUGUACUUCCAGAAAAGAGCAAAUCACGUUAUGAACAUAAUGAUUUUUACCUUUGGGCUGUCCAGUAAUACUUCCAGAUAUGUAGUCCACUUCCUGGUUUGUUCUGACUGUCUUUCCACAAAUGUAAUGUAAAUAUGGUCCCUGAUCCCCAUUAAAAGUCCAUGUCCUGACCAGGAUGUUCUGUAAAUGUAGUUCAGAACAGGCUAACACUACUUGCUUUUUGAUUGUACCUGUUUUCUCUCCUGUCUGCUCCUGUAAUUCUACUUCCUGUCUCACACUAUCUCGAUCUACUAUGAAGCAAAAAAUUUGGAAACUUUACAGAUGUGUGUUACUCUGAAGGGAAGUGUUGUCUUUGUAUCUUAAUGUUAAAUAUUAGUAUUAUCAGAGGGCCACUUUUAAGGGAUGGGAUCUGUUUCAUCAGAGAUCUUACUCCAGUCUUCCUUCUCCUCUUCUAUAAAGCCAUACUAACUUGAUUUACUGCUUGACUAUUUGAACUUGUUUUUGAAGCAAAGGAUAAAUCUUGCGCUUGCUAUUUUUGAGGACGUUGCAUUUGAUACUUUUACAAUUUUAAUUAUGUAUUUCAUUUUUAUGUGAAGAGGAGCAUUGGUUAAACAGUAAAUCAACUUGCUAUGGCCUAAUUGUUUUUUUGUACGUUUUUGUUGUUUGUACUGUACAUAUUGUUCUGCACAUUUGUUUUUCAAUUAAACUGUCCAUUUAUUUCAGUUGAGAAGCUGUUUUCUGCAUGUUAAACGUUGGACAUGUCAAGCAUGACUAUGCACCGAUCUGUAGACGUUAAAGUGCGUUACUAUCUUUGCACACAACAAGUAAUAGUUGGAUUGGGUGCAAUACAAUACAUAGACUUGCUUGCUCGGACUUGCUUGCUCUCUAGCUUUCUAAAAUUUUAAACACUCACAUUAUUUAAACUUUUGGAGUUUAAAUGUUCUUAUUUUUUUAUAAUUACUUUGAUACAGAUUGCAAAAAAGGUGUUUAAUGUCUCAGUUGUUUAUAAUUUUUUUUUGGAGGAACGAUUACAAUAACAGUAACGGCACCUGGAUAGUUUUGAGCUGAACAAAGCUGUGGUUGUUUUUUAUUCUUCUUUUCAGCGUUAAAACCAUCCACUUUACUUUGUAUGGUGGCUCAGAAGACGACUGUGAGCAUUUUCCUACCGAUGCAAUAAAAUUCUAUAACAUUUGA